UAUCAAUUGCGCGCAAUCCAUCGGCGGCGACGGUUCGAAAACCUGCUAGCUCCAAACUCCUGACUGAAACAUUAAGUAAAUAGUGACCAAGUUACUGCGGAUCGAGGAAGUUAGAGCCUUGAACCCCGGCACGACGAUGGUGUUUUAAACAUUUUUGUGUGCUCGUGUUUGUUUGUCGAUCUCACCUUGCAAUACUAGUAUAUUUUAAAUUAUCGGGCACACGAGUAUUUUUUCCGUUUCAGUUAAAAAAUAUUCUCGCAGCGACUAGUUGUGAACAGCAGAAAGACAGCAGCGCGAGAAAGAGAGCGGAGAGAACUUCGUCGUGUUGCGCAGGCAAUCUUAAUUAAUUUAUUUACGUCUAUAUUGAUUUUUUAAAGUAACAGCUACAGUUAGCCAAAGGCAAGGCGGAGCGAAGAGCGCGCGUUAAAUAGUACAAAAAUAAAUAAUACACACAAAAACCUGAGGCGAGUCUAAAUAUUUCGAGGUUUAGGGGUGUUUCUGGAGGAGGAAUGGAGCACCUGUCGCACUUGUAUCCCCCGCAGCUGCCUAAGGGGCGUGGCCGGCCCCGGGCCACAUACGCCCAAACGGGAGAAUUCGAUCUGGGACUGAUCCGGGAAUACCGAUCGCACCCAGUGCUAUAUGAUCGCACCAACAAGCGUUUCAAGGACAAGCUGUAUGUGGCCCAAAUAUGGGAUCAGAUAUCCCACAAGCUGGGUUACGAAGCCACCAGUUUAAGGGAGCGCAUGACCACGUUGAGAAAUCGUUACAAUAUCGAAAAGCGACGAGUCGAGAACGGCCUGUCCACUCAAGCCUCCCAAUGGCCACUCUUCGAGAGCCUCCAGUUCUUGGGAGAUCACAUUCGACCGAGGCGCAGCUUUAAGAACAUGUCCAUGAAGGAGGAUGAUGAGGAGACCUACGAGGUGGACGACUGCCAGAGUGACAGCAAUGGUCAUAUGGCUAGCGUCAAGGAUGAACUGGAGGAGGACUGCGAGAUUUUUGAUUGCGAGCAGGCACUGCCCGUAACCACAGUGCUGGGGAUCCCCCUGAACACCUCCGACGAAGCCAACAAGAGCCAGCGCUCGAUGAACGGCAGCGAAAUGGCCAAUGGCAAGGGCUACAACCACUUUGCGGACAGCUAUCAGCGGCGACAUCAAAACCAGCCGGAGUACAUAAUCAGCAGUCCGAUAAUCAACCAUCCCAACAAGAAUAAUAAGCGAUCAGCACAGCAUUCGAGUGAUCAUCCAUCGAAGCGCCGGGCGGAUGAUAGUUUGUCGAUAUCCGGUUUCUAUCCCGCACCGAUCCCUGCCCCCUUGCCGCCGGCGUAUGCCAAGUUCCGGGGAUUCGGCGAGUUCAUGUGCCACUCCCUGUGCGACAUGCCGCCGGCCACUGCCUUGCGUCUGGUGCAGAAGUUCACCCGCGAAUUGGUCCAAACCUCCAUUCGCAACGAGGACAGCGGCAGCAAACCGAAAUCCGAUCAGGCAGAACCGAGCAGCGAGUCCCAAGAGGAGGACGAGUAGAUUAUAAGUUGCAAUUUUUAAUUACGGGUAGGGAUAUUGGCACGCGUGUCUACAUCUAUGCAUAUAGCAUAAUAGCCGCAUUAAUGACAGAAUCGAUUACUCCAUAUAUGUUUUAAUUAUACUCUUUUAAGUCUUCUAGCCUCGCGAUACGGCAGGUGGAAGAUCAAAGCAUUUCAUUUAUUAACAUAGUGGAAAAAAUACACUUA